CGGCGGCUCCGCCCACUUCAUGGUGCUUCUGAAAGCUUUAAAAUUUCGCGAGGACCCCAAAUUCAUGUUGUAAAGAUCUUCGCACACCUGCAGAUACACAUGGAGACACGACAGGGGAUGAAAGACGCCCUCCAGCUGGGUAUAGACGCACGGAAAGACGAGCUGUACAGUUUGAGUCGAGACAUCUGGAGCCGACCUGAGCUCGCAGGCAACGAGACGCAUGCGCACGACAGGCUGGUCCGCUUCUUCUCUCGGGAGCAGGCAUGGACGGUGGAAAGGCAGUACAAGCUACCGACCGCAUUCCGGGCCAGCUGGGGUCCGGUCGGUGGCGGGGAGGGUGACCCGGGUCUGAACGUGGGGUUUCUGUGCGAGUACGACGCGCUGCCGGGUAUCGGGCACGCGUGCGGGCACAACCUGAUAGCGGAGGUGGGAGCCGCCGCCGCUCUGGGGCUGAAGGCUGCUUUAGAAACCCAGACCCAGCUCCCUGUACCGGUGAAGAUAACUGUUGUGGGAACUCCUGCUGAGGAGGAGAUGGGAGGAAAGAUCGACCUGAUCGAGGCCGGGGCCUUCGCUGACAUCGAUCUUGUCUUCAUGGCUCACCCAGCUCAGCAAGAUGCUUCAUUCCUGCCCUGCGUCGCACUCGAUGAGGUGUCAGUGAAGUACCACGGGAAGGCAUCUCAUGCUGCUGCGUACCCCUGGGAGGGAGUGAAUGCCCUGGAUGCUGCCGUGCUGUCCUAUAACAACCUCUCUGCACUCAGACAGCAACUCAGACCAGAGUGGAGGCUGCACGGCAUCAUUAAACAUGGAGGGGUGAAGCCCAACAUUAUCCCUGCCUACACCGAGUUAGAGUUUUAUAUGCGGACGCCGCUGGUUAAGGAUCUGUGUGACCUGAAGGCCAAAGCUGAGGCUUGCUUCAGGGCAGCUGCUGUCGCCACCGGCUGCCAAGUGGAGAUAAGCUACCCGUCCCAUGCCUACUAUAACAUUCUGCAUAAUGCCACACUGGCAAACCUGUAUGAAAAUAAUGGAAAAGCUUUGGGGAUUCAGUUUCCAGAGCAGCCAGCCAACUUCUCUGGUUCUACAGACUUUGGCAACGUAUCAUUCGUAGUCCCUGGUAUCCAUCCUUUCUUCUACAUCGGCAGCGACGCAUUUAACCACACUGAGGAAUACACUGAAGCAGCAGGAGCUGAAAAGGCCCAGUUGUUCACCCUGAGGACAGCCAAAGCCCUGGCUAUGACAGCUGUGGAUGUAGUGUGCUGCCCUGCUCUGCUGAGUCAAGUGAGAGAAGACUUCAGGCUGGCCAAACUAAAGCAGGAGAAAAGACUAGAAGGCAGCGAUACAGCUCCAUGAAAACAAUGACUUAAAUAAUGAUAGUAAAUGAUUAGCUGUUUUAAUGGCUAAUUUAACAUCUGACCAAGGGACAACUUCUGAAUACUAGCAUUUUGGCUAACACUGGCUCCUUUACAGUGAUGUUUAUCAAUGUGUAUUAACCCUGAAAAAAUGAAAUAAAUAAAUAAAUGUUAAAAAAUAAAAUAAAUGUAUUAUAGGACAUUUUAUUUUAUGUAAGUUAGUCAGUAAGCUAGUUGGGCUUCCAACAGUUUGUAUGGUUACCUUCAAAGGGUAGAAACUAUAACUCAGUGUGGUACUUAAAGGUCCAGUGUGUAUGAGUUAGUGAGCCUAGCAGUGUAGUUGCAGAUUGCAACUCCCUUGCUUCACCCUCCCUCCCCUCCAACCGUGAAGGAGAAACAACGGUGGUAGCGAAAUGCCCGCAAAACACUACCAGCCCCUAUCUAGAACCAGUAUUUGGUUUGUCCCUUCUGGGCUCCUGUAGAAAGUGGCAGACUUCACGGAAGGUGACCAAAAGUGUCUUUUGAUAUAAACGCUUUAUUCUAGGGUAACAAAAGCACAGCCAUUCUUAUUUUUUGUUGAUUGUACAAUAAUGAAAACAUUUCAUUUCUGCCAAUAGAUCCUCCUAAAUGUUACACACUGGCAGAAUUUGAACACCACCUUCAUUGGGUUAGGUAAACUCAUUCCCACUACAACUAGUGUUAUUCAUGGUGCUUGCCAAGCUUCAAAACUAUCGUGGUUACCAUGGUUCUUUUAGGUUGUGUGGUGCCAGGAACUGGAAUAAGUUACCUUUGCACAAUUAAAAAAAAGUAAAUAAUUAACACCACAGCAGGGUAAAUUGUGGCCUAUGGGAAAGAAGUGUAAGCACAACAGCCUUGUUACAUUUUAAUGUAAUUGUUUAUUGUUUUUAAACAAGCCAGCAGCAACGCUUCAGGGAUGGCAAAGUCUGUUGUCCUCUCUGCUUAUCUUCUCUUAAUGAACCCCAUCAUAACUUCUACUUCUUACAGAUAACCCUUAAUCCACUAUGCUGAUGCACCACAGGACAUCACAGAGUUGCUUGCAUGGCUGUAGACUCUUAGUUAUGUCUUUACAUGUUUGCCUUGAGCUUAUUUUAUUGAUUAUGAUAUAGGUACAGUAUUUAUUGUUGGUAGUAUGACUUCUCACCCAUUCAUCUGGACUGUUUACUAUCAUUAUAUCAUUAUGUCCUCCCUCUUGUCAUGACUACUAAAGUAAACUGACCUAAAUAAUCAAUAAACAGUAUUUAUUCCACUCUUGACCAUAUUUCUGACCUGACCCGAUCAGAAAGUGGUAUUGUUUUGAGGUCUGUAGCCUUUAAGCAAUCCCAUUGGCCUGUUCACUCAUUUAUAUUCCUGGGCAUGCCUUCACCAGCACACAGGUUGAUUUUAAAAACCUUGGCUUCCCUUGAGAGGUCACAGAUGCGGUGGAAAACAGGUUCUGGACAUCUAUUUGAUGCUUUAUCCUUUUCAUGUUUUUCUGCUGCAGUGAUGCCUUUGUUCUUGUUUUUUGAAGGACAAUCGUGCACAAAGUUUGAAUUGUCACCACACCAGUUGGGAUGUUAUCUGGAUUGAUUUUUCAACACUUUUUGCCUGCAAGAAAUCAGAUAAAUAGUUUUUUAAAAUAAGCUUAAUGUAAUACAUAGAUAUCCCUUUAUGUCACCUGUGAGCAGUUAACGGUAUUACAGAAUAUGCCGUUUAUGUGAUUCGGUAUGAAGCAAAUCAGCAAUCAGUCGUAUGCCAGAGAGAGAAGAGAGACCCUACAGCUGGUAGCAAUCCAAUGCCUAAUAACUGUGAAAGCUUAUCCUCCAGCCCUGUUUAAAUAUACCGUGUAAGAGAGCAGGAAAAUAGCAUAGAAAAUUUGGGACCAAGACUUUAGGGGUCGUACCAGAAAAAUGUCGCCAAAUGCUUCAACUGACAUCAACUGUCCUUUGUGAUUUUAGUUGAUUUUAAUUGACGUCUGCAGAAGCAAUGUUCAGAAAAAAAGCAAUAUUCAGCCAUGCAUCUCAAACCAUUUAUAUUGUAUUACAUGGAUUUAAAAUGUACAGUAUUGUGAUUGUGUUGUUAAGCACCUCAGCUCUGCUCAAAUCAUUUUCAGAAAACAAAACAUUUAUUAAACAUUUUCCCAUAUAUAA